AUGGCGGUCAAUGCGUCAACCUACGACCUUCCGCCCCUUCCGUCGUAUACGUUAACCCCCCGUGUGCCGGUUCUCGCCCCGAUCCCCGACAACUUCUUAGCCCUCAUCCUACCGAUCGUUGCCUACUGGGGCUUAUCGAUGAUCUUCCAUUACAUCGAUGUCAACGACUAUUUCCCGCAGUACCGGUUACACACGCCAGCCGAACUCCUCAAGCGCAACCAUGUGUCACGAUGGGAGGUAGUGAGGGAUGUCAUCUUCCAACAGGUCGUGCAGACCAUCGCCGGCGCUUCGGUGUCGUACUUCGAUGAGCCGGAGUUUAUCGGAAAGGAGGAUUACGAUGUUGCAGUAUGGGCUAGUCGUCUCCGUGUGGUGCAGAGGAGCUUUCCCUAUGUGCUUGGCUUGUUUGAAUGGCUAUACGAUGCUUGGUGGGGCUUUGGCGGGGGAUACUAUCCCACCGUUACCCAGUCGAUGGUGUCGGAGAAUGGUAUGGAGGCCACCGUCCCCGCUUUCACUGGCUGGGAACUGGCGGCUGCCAGCCUCAUCUACUGGUACUUGAUCCCCGGGUUGCAAUUCGUCUGGGCUGUAUUUGUCAUCGACACAUGGCAGUAUUUCCUUCAUCGUGCGAUGCACUUGAAUCGCUGGUUAUAUGUCACCUUCCACUCGCGUCAUCACCGCCUUUAUGUUCCCUAUGCGUUUGGUGCGCUUUACAAUCACCCUGUUGAGGGAUUCCUCCUGGACACCGCUGGUACUGGUGUUGCAUUUCUCACGGCCCACAUGAACAACCGGCAAGCGAUGUUCCUGUUCACCUUCAGUACGAUCAAGACGGUGGAUGAUCACUCCGGCUACCACUUCCCCUGGGAUCCCCUGCAGCACUUCACCUCGAAUAAUGCUGCGUACCAUGACAUCCAUCAUCAGAGCUGGGGCAUCAAGACCAACUUCUCGCAGCCGUUCUUCACCUUCUGGGAUGGUCUUCUGCAAACGCGAUGGAGGGGCGAUGUGACCUCCCGCUAUGAACGCUCCCGGAUCACCUCCCAGCAACAAGUAGAUCACGAGGCGGCUCAAGCCGCCGCGGCCAAAGCCGAUGUCACGGCUGCUCCGGCGGUCGUUUCCCCUGAAAAUCCGCCCGACACCCGGUCCCGCCUGCGCCGCAAGGCCCCGAGUCUCUCUUCUCCCAGCGUCAAGGGGGUGAAUCACGGGGUGACCAGCAGUGUCUUAUAA